AUGUCACACUCAUACUUGCCGAAAGACUUCCUGUGGGGGUUUGCAACAGCAAGUUAUCAAAUUGAAGGUGCACCGCAUGAGGACGGUCGCGAGGACUCCAUCUGGGACACCUUCUGUCGCGUCAAAGGAAAGAUUGCAGGCGGGGAAUCAGGUGACGUGGCCUGCGACUCCUACCACCGUACUGCCGAGGACAUUACUCUACUGAAGGAGCUCGGUGCCAAGUCCUAUCGUUUCUCGCUAUCCUGGUCGCGCAUCAUUCCCCUCGGUGGACGUGAUGACCCUGUGAACGAAAAGGGCAUCGAACACUAUGUCAAGUUUGCCGACGAUCUACGCGCAGCAGGCAUCGAGCCCAUGAUUACGCUCUUCCAUUGGGACCUCCCCGACAAACUGCAUAAACGAUAUGGUGGCAUGUUGAACAAGAACGAGUUCGUGAAGGAUUUCGAGAACUACGCCAGGGUGUGUUUCAAGGCCUUCGGUUCAAAGGUGAAAUAUUGGAUCACCUUCAAUGAGCCGUGGUGCAGUAGUAUCCUUGGUUACAAUACCGGACUAUUUGCUCCCGGCCGGACUAGCGACCGGGCCAAGAGCGCGGAAGGUGACAGCAGUAGGGAACCUUGGAUAGUUGGCCAUUCGCUACUCAUCGCUCAUGGCGCCGCUGUCAAGGCGUACCGCGAGGACUUCAAGGCAACGGACGGAGGCCAAAUAGGGAUUACGCUCAAUGGUGAUUGGACCGAACCCUGGGAUCCAGAGGAUCCCAAAGACGUCGAAGCAUGCGAACGCAAGCUUGAGUUCGCCAUUUCAUGGUUCGCGGACCCUGUGUACUUCGGCAAGUACCCGGAUUCGAUGCGAAAGCAGUUAGGUGACAGGCUACCGGAAUUCACUGACGAGGACGCGGCGUUGGUCAAGGGAAGCAAUGACUUCUACGGUAUGAACCACUACUGUGCGAACUACAUCAAGCAUAAAGACACAGAAGCAGAGCUAGAUGACUUCGCUGGCAACCUCGACAUCUUAAUGCAGAACAACAAGGGAGAGUGGAUCGGUCCGGAGACACAGUCGGUCUGGCUGAGACCACAUCCUCUUGGAUUCAGGAAACUGAUAAAGUGGUUGAGCGACCGCUACAAUCAUCCAACAUUUUACGUCACCGAGAACGGGACCAGUUUGAAGGGGGAGAACGACCUUCCUCUAGAGCAGCUUCUGGAUGAUGAGUUCCGCUGCGAGUAUUUCAGGGGGUAUAUUGGUGCUCUGGCCGAUGCCCACACCAAGGACGGCGUAGACGUCAGAGGCUAUUCGGCGUGGAGCCUCAUGGACAACUUUGAGUGGGCUGAAGGCUACGAGACCCGCUUUGGCGUCUGCUACGUCGACUACAAGGGCGGGCAGAAGCGACACCCUAAGAAGAGCGCCAGGGAGAUUUCCAAGAUCUUUGACAAGCACACCAGAGAUGAGUAG